AUGCUGCUUCUGCCAUUUCAACUGUUGGCAGUUCUCUUCCCAGGUGGUGACAGUGAGGACGCCUUCCAGGGACCAACCUCCUACCAUGUCAUCCAGAUCUCGUCCUUUGCCAACAGCACCUUGGCACACACUGAAGCUUCAGGCUGGUUGGAUGAUUUGCAGAUUCAUGGCUGGAACAGUGACUCGGGCACUGCAAUACUCCUGAAGCCCUGGUCCAAGGGCAACUUCAGUGUCGAGGAGUUUGCUGAGCUGGAGGAGAUAUUCAGAGUCUACUUACAUAAAUUUACUCAAAUUAUGAAGGUGUAUGUCACUCUAUUCCAGAUGAAAUAUCCCAUGGAGGUCCAGGCCAUAGCAGGCUGUGAGCUACAUUCUGGGGGUUCCACAGUAAGCUUCCUCAGGAAAGCUGAAGAAGGAUUGGAUUUCCUGCGCUUCGAGAAUGAUACAUGUGUGCCUGCGCCAGAUGGCGGCAAAAGGGCCCAGCAUGUCUGCAAACUAAUAAUGAAUUAUCAUGCUUUCAAAAAUACUGUGAUGAAGUUCCUGUUUAACACCUGCCCCCAAUAUCUCCUAGGCGUCCUCGAAGCAGGGAAGGCAGAGCUGCAAAGGCAAGUGAAGCCCGAGGCCUGGCUGUCCAGUGGCCCCAGUCCCGGGCCUGGCCGUCUGCUGCUGGUGUGCCACGUCUCAGGAUUCUACCCAAAGCCCGUGCGGGUGAGGUGGAUGCGGGGAGAGCAGGAGCAGCCGGGCACUUGGCACAGUGACCUCCUGCCCAAUGCUGACUGGACGUGGUAUCUCCGAGUGACCCUAGAUGUGGCGGCUGGGGAGGCGGCUGGCCUGUCCUGUCGGGUGAAGCACAGCAGUCUAGAGGGCCAGGACAUCAUCCUCCACUGGGGACAGCCCAUCUCCAUUGGCUUGAUCUUUUUGGCAAUAAUCGUGCUAUCCUUGAUCCUUUUGCUGUGCCUUGCAUUAUGGUAUAAGAGGCGCUGGUGA